AUGGCGCACAGCGAUGAUUCGCAAAACGAAAGGGAAGAAGCCAAUUACAACACCAUCCUGUAUGAACAGAACUUGAAGGACGAAAUAGACUACUACGGGGAAGACCUACCUCACAUAAACUUUUACUUGAAAUUCCAACGGAAAAACUUUUUGCAGGAGUUCCUCCAGGAGGUGAUGAUGCUGCCAAGUGGGGUCAGAUCGGAUGGGGCUGAGGCGGGGCAGAGGAAAGAGGAGACGGCCAUCCUGGUGGAGGAAAGCAAGGAAACUGCUACCCUAGGGGAAGGAAACGCCAGCGAUAAUGCAGUCGCACGGGAUGCAGAACUGGACGUGUUGAAUGACGGAGGGUUCUACGUGGAAGACGACUCCGGGGGGGAGGAACCACCCUACGAUAAACCGCUUUCAGAGCAGCCUCAUUUUGUACCCACCCCAGAACAUCCCUGCGAAGACGCCAACCUGAGGGAUGUCUUUCUAAAGCUCACCCAGGGGAAUACCACCUGCAGUGACAACGCGGAACUAACCCACCUAAACGAAAGCGAUGAAGCCAUAAAACACAUAAAUGAGGUUUUCCAAAAAAAUAAGGAUAAAUUCCUGUUCAGCGUGGAGCGGCAAAUCGAAAACAAUGAAGAGCUCAUCUUACAAGAGUAUUGCUUCCUUUGUAAUAAAAAAAAAAAAUUAAACAAACCCCUGUGUGCAGUCAACAUAUACGUAUGCUACGAUUGCAAAGUGCAGGACAGUAAUUUUAAAAUGAUAUCCCUGAGCAAGUUGGUGCGGAAAUAUUGCCUUAACAACUAUGACCUGUCGAAAUACGAAAAACAUCUAGCUCUGUUGUGUACAAAGAACCCACGUGGGUACUCCAAGCAAAUGAAGCUAUACUUUGUUUUUCAAAUAAAAGAAAUUGCUAUACGGAAGCAUGGGUCUUUGGAAAAUGUGAAACAGAUGUAUACCUCCAAAGUGCUAAAGUCAUUUAGAAGUGCACAGGGAACUCCUCAGUCGUCGAAGAAACGGAAGGAGCUGCACAAGAUGGUUAAACCUAAGAGCAUUUACAGCAAGAAGGUUAAAAAGGCGGAGGACGAAAAAAUAAUUUGCGAUAACAGUCAACACGAGUUUGACUCACCAACGUGUACUAACGUGGAGGAUUCCCUCUACGUGAAAAAGUGUAGGAAGUGCGCCUACCAGGUGGAGUACAUGCAGUUCUGA